AUGUCAGGCACUGAGAGCGCUGCUUCAAACCCCGGAGGCUUUGACCUCCUACGAAGGGCCACCCAGGCCAUGAUGUCAAGUCCUCCCUCCAAAUCUCUUGCCCAUUUUCUACAUAUCCGUUGGGAUCUCGUUGCGGUCCCAAGCUGGGGCCCUACUCCCGACAUCGAAUAUCCCGGCUUGAUCCCAGGGAAGUUGGCAAGCCCCUCACCAGGCCCAGGCGUCUUGGAGCUCGAUGGUGGCAACGAUGACGGGCCCUUCAGCACUCGAGCCCAGCAGCUUCAGCAGCGCCUCCUCGAGUCAGCCUCCUGUUCCGGCUAG